AACCUUGGGGGUGUGUUCAACAAGGAAACUGUUCCAUAUAAACCAGGGCUCCAGGUGAAGUCUGAUCAUCGACAGGAUCACACAGCAACCAUGAGGUGUCUAGUCUUCGUUCUGCUCAUCGGAGCUGCUUUUGCCACGGAGGAGGACAAGAUCGUCGGAGGGUAUGAGUGCAAGCCCUACUCCCAGCCCCAUCAGGUGUCCCUGAACUCUGGCUACCACUUCUGUGGAGGCUCCCUGGUCAACGAGAACUGGGUUGUGUCUGCUGCUCACUGCUACAAGUCCCGUGUGGAGGUUCGUAUGGGAGAGCACAACAUCAGGGUCACCGAGGGAAACGAGCAGUUCAUCCGCUCCUCCCGCGUCAUCCGCCACCCCAACUACAGCUCCUACAACAUCAACAACGACAUCAUGCUGAUCAAGCUGAGCACGCCCGCCACUCUCAACCAGUACGUGCAGCCUGUGGCUCUGCCCACCAGCUGUGCCCCCGCUGGCACCAUGUGCAAAGUCACUGGCUGGGGUAACACCAUGAGCUCUUCCGCUGACGGAAACAAGCUGCAGUGCCUGAACAUCCCCAUCCUGUCUGAGAGGGACUGUGAUAACUCCUACCCCGGCAUGAUCACUGACGCCAUGUUCUGCGCUGGAUACCUGGAGGGAGGCAAGGACUCUUGCCAGGGUGACUCUGGUGGACCCGUCGUGUGCAACGGUGAGCUGCAGGGUGUUGUGUCCUGGGGCUACGGAUGUGCUGAGAGGGACCACCCCGGUGUCUACGCCAGGGUCUGCCUCUUCAACGACUGGCUGGAGAGCACCAUGGCCAGCUAUUAAGUCUGAUCCUACGACCACCAUCUUAUGACUCUGCUGCCUUUCUUCUACCAUUCUAACUCCAUUCAUUGUUGUCGAGUUUUGAACUAUGUGCAGUCAUUUUCCAUCUGAGUCAAUAAAGUCUAACAUUUUGACUUUCAAA